AUGGCGCAUCUCUUCCGGGGUGAGGAAGCACAUGCACCAGAGGCACUGAAGGAGAAGAUCAGAGACUCACGGCCCGGGGACGGGGACAGGGACGAUGCUGAGGUGAUCUUUGUUGGAAUGGAGCAUGUCAAGGACGAUGCUGAAAUCCUCUGUGUCCGAGUGAUUUCCAGUUCAAAACCGGUCAUUUCUAACAUUUUGAACAGAGUGACCAAAGACUCACAUUCCAGAAGAAAGAAAGGCCACGUGGGGCAAGGUCCUGCUUGUACAUUGCAGCCUGCAAAUCGUGUGACCCUGACGUCAAAGGCAGUGGCCGUCUCUUCAGCUUCUCUAUCUGAAUGGGGAGAAAUAGACAGUCAUACUGGUUCUGAGCCUCUGUCUAAACCUGACUGUCACAACAGCUCACUGCCAGGCAUGCUUCCUGAGUCUUCAGAUUUGCUUUCUCCGUGGCCUCAUUGUCUACAUGGAGCUGCACACCCCACAGGAGGCAAGGAUGAAAGUCCUCAUGAUUUAAAGCGACUUUCAGCUUCAGAUGGAAAUAUAAACAGUGGGAAUCCCAAAAGACUGAAACUUGGCGAUGGAUUCCCAGGGGCACAUUCCUCAGCUGUGGCCCUGCCAGGUCUCUCUCCCACAAAGAACAGGAGUACGGCCUCGGAAGGUGUCCCAACCCCAUCAAGCCAUGUGCAGGGUGGGCCAUCAUUUCCGUGGGCUCAUGCAACUGACAAAGCGCAUUUCAAUCUUAUAGAUCCAGAUGGAGCAUGUAGCUUGGAAAAGCUGGAAAAAACAGACUUUUCAAGCCAAUCAAGUCAAAACGAGACUGUGGAUCCCAAGAAAGGAAGCCUGAUCGUGUUACUUGAUGACUUUUACUACGGACAGCACACCGGAGACGGGCAGCCAGAACAGAAGACUCACACGACCUUUAAAUGCCCCAGCUGCUUGAAAGUUCUAAAAAAUGUCAAGUUUAUGACUCACAUGAGGAAUCAUCUGGAACUUGAGAAGCAGAGAUGUGACGGCUGGGAAAUCCAUACCACCUGCCAGCACUGUCACCGCCAGUCUCCCACUCCCUUCCUGCUGCAGUGUCACAUUGAAAGUGUCCAUACUGCCCAGGAGCCCUCCGUGGUCUGUAAAAUUUGUGAAUUGUCCUUCGAAACCGAUCAGGUUCUCUUACAGCACAUGAAGGACAAUCACAAGCCUGGCGAAAUGCCCUACGAGUGUCCAGUUUGCAGUUACAGAUCGUCAGCCUUUGCGGAUGUGGAAGCACAUUUCAGAACAUGCCAUGAAAACACUAAGAAUUUGCUUUGUCUGUUUUGCCUCAGAAUUUUCAAAGUGGUGACGUCCUACGUGAAUCACAGUUGGAGGCACUGGAACAAGAGGGUCUAUCGGUGUUCCAAGUGCCGGUUACAGUUUUUGACUUUCAAGGAGAAAACGGAGCACCAAACCAAGAAUCACCAACCAGUUAAGAAGCCAGAGCAACUGGAAGGGUUGCCUCCUGAAACAGAAGUCGUGAUCCAAACUUCAGUUCAACCAGGAUCCAGAAGGGCAGCAUCCAUUGUCGUGAGCAACACUGACCCCCAACUGUCACCAGCAAAAGCUGAAAAGGAGAUGACGACAAACAGGAGAUAUUCCAGACGUAUUGCGGCCAGGGCUCUGGCUGAAAAUUAAGUCCUAUCUCCAGGAAUUCUGAAAGGCUGAACUGAGGCUGGGCUAGCUGUAUGCCCUGGCUCGGAGAUGCCAGCAAGUGAUGUCCCCCCGUCGGGCUCUACAGUGACUGGGAUUCUACCUUCGCCAUCUCUCUACUGUCAUGUACAAGUCCUCAUGCUCUUUCCUAGUCACCUUGUCCUCCCCAAAGCAACCACUGCU